CUCAAUACCAACAUUAACACAACUCCUCUUAUUAUAACAUUCAUCUUCAAGUAGUUUUUCAAAAAAAAAAACACAUACCGUCGUCUCUAGUUUCAAGAAAAGCAUCUGGUCAUGGCGAUUAGUAUGGCAAAGAUCUUGCGCGCCAAGCAAGGCCUCAGGAGGUCUUCUUCAAGAACAAACAGAGAAAGUGAGGUUCCCAAAGGGCACUUUGCAGUUUAUGUUGGAGAGGGUGAAAAGAAGCGAUUUGUCAUCCCGAUUUCGCAUCUGAAGAGCCCUUUGUUUCAUGACUUGCUUACUCAAGCUGAGGAAGAAUUCGGUUUCGAUCAUCCAACAUUUGGAGGACUCACAAUCCCUUGUCCAGAGGAUACCUUCCUUGAGAUAAUCUCUAGUUUAUGAGAUCUUGAGAAAUUUCUGCAAAAGAUUAGAUGGCUUAGUUUAGUCUCUAGAGAAGGAAAUUUUUGAGCUUCAAGAAGAGCUUUAUUGUACAGAAUACAUAUUUUUAUUACAAGUACAAAUGAAUUUACUGUCAAUUAAAGAGCAUGAUUACUGUUUUGGAUUGAAAUACUUUUCACUUGUUCUCUCUUACCCAAACAAGUACUCUGUGAUCAUAGCUAAUACAGACAAGUGGAUUGAACAUCUUUCUUGGACAGGAAAACUGACUGCAGUUCUUUCAGAAACUGAAUUUAUUCACUUUUGGUUAAGACCGUCAUAUUCCCAUGUAAUCAGGUCCUUCAUCUUCUUGAAAAACAAAAAAACAAAACAAAACGGCUUCUUCACGAAAGAUAUUAAAAAUUUCAACCACAAUUCAUCAACGAAAUUCAGAUCAUAUUGGGUUGUGGUUUGAAACCACACACACUGCAGAAAUUUCUUUCAUUUGAUUUUCACCAGUCUUGCCAGUGUAGGUGCAACUGUGCAAGAAUUUACUGGUUUUAUGAAAUGUUACUCUCCCUUCUUCAUUACAUUAUUUGUGGCUGUAGAGAAAAAAGAAGCGCAGAAAUGAAGGUUGAUAAAGAAAAGGUUGCAUCUGAGAAAGAUCUUCUUCCCAUCUUUUCUUUAGAGUAGCUCCAUUUCUUUUAUGAACUUAAUGCUCACAAUCAUGAAUCAUCCGAACCAGAAAAGAGAGUAUAAAGCAGAGCUGAGAGAAAAACUUUCCAUUCCAAAAGGUUGACAUCUACUAUUCAAACUAUUCUCCAACUUGAUUACCUCCCAUUCAUCAAAAUUCUUUCUUCUGAAUGAUCAAUACUGACUGACUCUAACUCCACUGUGCAAAAAAAGGGGGUUCAAAAAGGCCAUCCUAUCCGGGAACUUUCGAACAACGGUCUGUCCUUUUUCUUGAGGCAAUCUCUCUAACAUUCCAAACAAACAAGCCAAAUUUAGAAGAACAAGAGAGGAUUAAUGGGCUUCCUGCAUGCUUACAAAUUUUCCAUUUCGUAUUGUCCAAUAAAACUCAACCUCCUAGCGUACACAUUUCUCAGCCCUUCUCAGUUCAGUGAAGCUGAUGAAGACAAGAACUGAGGAAGCCCAGCACAAAAUUUCUUGUAAUCACAUCAAAUGCGGAAUAAAGGGAAAUAGAAUAG